UCGCCUCUGACCGGGUACCAACCCCCUAUUACUCUGCAGGCGCGUGAAGGAGAAGGAAACUCGCUCGGACUGUACAGGGAGAAGUGGCGGGCUUCAGGUUGAGGUCCCCUGUCCGUUUGCAGGUCUUUGGGUCUCUGCUCGCCUUGGCUAGAGAGGGAGAAAAUCGCUUUGACUGGAAUCUUACUGCAGGUUUGAAGUUUCAGUUCUCCAUUGCUGGCUCCGGAGCUUUUCGAAUGUCCUUUUGCCCGGCUCGGUCCAUCCAUCACCGUGCAGGGAAUAAAGCAGAAGACACGAGAAGAAAAUAUUUCUGAGAGUCACCACCAGAAUCACAGAAGCUAGGAGAGGCUGAAGAUUACUGACCUGCACCAUAGUUCACGCAGCCGCUGUGAACUCACUUCAAUCCCGUGAAGAAAGGCCCUCUCCUGUCUGGCCAAAAGGCUCACACCCGUUCAAGUAUGGGUCGGGCCCGGGAAAUAAGUUGGAUGGCGGCAGGACUGAUGAUCGGGGCAGGUGCCUGCUACUGCAUGUACAAACUGACCAUGGGAAGAGGGGCGAGAAAUGAACUGGAGGACGAGGAGGAAGACGAUUGUGAUGACGAACAGGAUCUGGAUGAAGAGGAGACAAAUAUUUGGUUUGAUUUCACAACAAUGGCUCGGCCCUGGAGUAAGGAUGGGGACUGGGAUGAACCUGGGUCCCCAGGUGGGACUGAGGACAGACAUUCAGGAGGGGGGAAGGCAAACAGAGCACACCCAAUAAAACAGCGACCAUUCCCUUAUGAACAUAAACACACGUGGGGUGCUCAAACCUUUAAAUCUUUCAGUUGUGCUCUGGACCGGGGCAAGUGUGCUUCCAUUCAAGGAAAAAAGAUGUUCACCAAGCCCACAAAUGCUGGCUUUCCCCUUAGCCACAAUGUCAGUAGGCACUGGGCCAGCAUCUCAGUGGUUGCAAACGGGAUCCCCACCCCCCAGACCACUGUGAGGGAGAAGGCUUUGUGUGUCCCAGGAAACCCAAACACCAGUAUUGGAAAUCAGGGCCAGAUUGAGAUGUCCAUCGAUGAAGUGUGUCGAGAGAUGGUGUUACAUUGCUGCAAGUCAUUUCUGCAGCAGGCCGGAUUAAAUCUGCUAAUAAGCAUGACGGUUAUUAAUAACAUGCUUGCCAAGUCGGUUUCAGACCUGAAGUUUCCUUUGAUAUCCGAGGGCAGUGGAUGUGCAAAGGGUCAGGGUUUGGAAGCACUGCUGGGUUUGUCUGAAAAGCCAGUGUUGGCCGGGGAAGUGCUGGCUGCCCAAAUACUGUUCUCCUUCAUGCUCCCCUUUAUGAGAGGUGGGAACAGAGAGAUGCUCGUGGAGGCCUUCAGAGAGAUGCUCGUGGAAGCCCUCUCC